AGCCACGCCUAGAUCCUCUCUCUCUCUCUCUCUCUCUCUCUCUCGAUUCUCUACUUUCGCCGGAGAUGACGCCGGAAAAUGUUUCCGAUGAACCCACCCCUCCGAAACCGGCGGAAGAGGAGCCGAACGUGGCGGGCGAUGGAGAAGGGGUGGGAUCGUCUGGGGGCUCCCGGUGGAGGACGAGUCCGGAGCAGCGGAGCUACACGCAGAGGCUUCUGAAGGCGCUGCGAUCCGCGGGAGGGGAUGCGACCCCUGCGGACGGCGUUUCGCGGUCUUUCGCCGUCAAGGAGGCCGCGGAUUCCGCCCUUGCGAUGUCUGCGAAGGGGCGUUCGCGGUGGAGCCGGGCGAUCCUGGCUCGGUGGCGCCGUCGGAGGGAGCGCUUCAUGUCGCGGAAGAUUCGGCGGGUGUCGUUGCGCAGGAGAACGGCGAUGAUGGAGCCUUCGCCCUCCGUGCCUGCGGCGGAGAACGCUCUUCGGACCCCGGCCAAGAGGAAGCGCGGAGGGAAGGAGGAGUCCGUGGUCGAUGACCGGCUGAGGACGCUGGGGAGGCUGAUCCCCGGUGGCCAGAAGCUCGGCGCCCCGGCGCUCCUCGAGGAGGCGGGUGACUACAUCGCAGCGUUGGAGAUGCAAGUUAAGGCGAUGGGCGUGCUGGAGAACCUCCUUUCAGCGGCGGCGCCGGCCCGACCCUGAUCGCCUGUUUCUCUCUCGGUCUCUCUCUCUCUCUCUCUAUCUCUCUGUCUCCUCCUGGGCGAUUCUGCGGCGACGACGGGCUUACUUUUGCCGGAAUCCCGUCCUUGUGGUGAGGACAGGCCCCUCUAUCUUCCGGCCUCCGACGUCGGAAUUCGGUUCCGGGAGGAAUCUGACCAAAUCUCUGUUCUCUUGUUUUCUGACCUCUCUCUCUUUUUCUUUCCCCGUCUCCCCUCUGCUCGUUUCCGCCGGAAUAUGACUCGUUUUUUUUUUCCGGCAACCAUAAACCUGCUUCCUGCUGUAAAUCCUGGCGCCCUUGUACAAUUUUUUCUUUUUGGGAAAGAAAGAAGAAGAAAAACAUUUAUUU